GUACGAAUGUAUGAAGAAGUACUAGACAAGUUUCUUCAACCUAAUCCAUAAUCAAGACUCGUCUUUCCAAGAUAGAUAUCUACAUCAGAGGGUUCUAUACUGUUUCCACAACGUUAUCCCCUAAAUGCUGAGCAGAACCUGGCAAUUGAGAUACCAUGACAGGACAAGAUGUUUCCAAAGACACUCCAAGGAGGAUGAGCCCUGUAGCUGAGAGGGUCAGGAGUAUAUCGGUGCUGGGAUCAGUCGUCUCAUUUCAUGACAUCACGUAUACGGUCGACGUAAAGAAAGAUAGAAAGAUGACGAAGAAGGUCAUCCUCGAUAAAGUCAGUGGUGCAUUUCGACCAGGAAUGAAUGCUAUACUUGGCCCAACAGGCAGUGGUAAAACAUCACUACUCGAUGUAUUGGCAGCAAGGAAGGACCCUCGGGGACUGUCUGGUAAAGUCCUAAUAGACGGCGCCCCACAACCAGACGAUUUCAGGUGCAUCUCGGGAUAUGUUGUGCAGGAUGAUAUCAUUAUGGACAUGUUGAGCGUCCGCGAGAAUCUGGAGUUUUCUGCAGCGCUUCGAUUACCGAAAACCGUUUCAAAGAAAGAGAGGCAAGAGAGAGUCGAAGACGUCAUAUUUGAACUCGGGCUUUCGAGAGUAGCAGAUAGCAAGAUUGGCAAUGCAAUCAUCCGAGGCGUAUCAGGAGGGGAAAGAAAACGGACCAAUGUUGGAAUGGAGCUAAUCAUCAAGCCAAGUGUUCUGUUCUUAGAUGAACCUACAACAGGCUUGGACGCCAGCACUGCAAACUCCGUCCUUAAUUUACUUGCACAGCUAUCGAAGCGGGGUCGUACCAUCAUAUUCUCCAUCCAUCAGCCUCGUUUCUCAAUCUUUCGUCUCUUUGAUCAGAUGCACCUAGUAGCAGCAGGCAAGACGGUGUUCCAUGGCCCAGCAAACAAAGCUCUGUCUUACUUCAGUUCUAUUGGUUAUGAGUGCGAGUCUCACAACAAUCCGCCUGACUUUUUCCUGGAUGUGAUUAACGGAGAAACGUCUAAAGAUGAAGAAGGAACCAGCGUGGCAAAAAUGUCGUCAGAGAGAGGCAACCUUGCCGAGAUCUUUGAAGAAUCGAACCUUCAUGCGAGCAUGAACGACGACACAACCAAGAUACUCGGUUCAGAGAAGACCAAGAAAGAGUCUUUGAACGCGGGGAUAGAGUACCCUACUUCAUUCUGGACUCAGCUUCAACUUGUGACACAGAGGACAUACUUGUCCACUUUGCGUAACCCAGUGAUUAUGGCCGUAUCCUACGUCGUACUGAUUGUCAUGUCUCUUCUCGUUGGACUUCUGUAUUUCGACAUGGACCUCACAACUUCGGCGGGUGUUCAAAACAGAGCUGGAGCUACAUUCUUCAUCUGUAUGAACAUGGUGUUUUCUAAUAUCAAUUCCAUUGAGGUCUUCAUUCACGAGAGAGUGAUGUUCAUACAUGAAACGGCGAGUGGUUUUUAUCGAGUGUCGGUGUACUUCUUCGCCAAGUGUUUUGUUGAUUACAUCGUUUUACGUCUCAUACCAUCUCUGUUCUACUCAGUUAUUACAUACUUCAUGAUAGGACUUCAAGUGGAUGUCGGCAAGUAUUUCUUCUAUUUACUCAGCCUCCUAUCGAUAUCCUUUGCAUCUAGUUCUUUAUCUGUUGCUAUCAGUUCAUCUGCAGAUAUUGUCAGCAUCGCAACCCUCUUGCUUGCCAUGUGCUUUGUCCUCAUGAUGUUAUUUGGUGGUUUGUUCGUAAACAUCGCAUCGCUUCCGGUCUGGCUUCAAUGGAUUCAGUACUUAAGUAUCUUCAGAUAUGGGAUCAACGCACUACUGAUUAAUGAGAUGACCGAUUUGACAUUUUGUGAUACAGUACGUAAUAUAACAGUUUGCACUCCGGGUUAUUUGUACUUGGAAGAUCAAGGAAUCAACUACACCACGUGGGGUCUAUGGCAGAACAUCAUGGCUUUGAUAUUAAUGGGAAUGGGCUUCAUGGCACUGGCGUACAUCCAGCUUCGAAGGAUGCCCAAGCUCAAAUAAAUUCAUAGUCAAUUUUCAAACCAAAAUAUAUGACUUCAAAAGAAAUUAAGACUACAAAUUAAUCGGUGUCAAUAGCUAGACUGCAGGCAAAGACCCUUUAAUUUUGCAUUUUUGCAUACUGCAAAGUGUAGAGUCUGAAGAAGUAAGACUAGAUAUUCUAUGUAUUGUGUUACACAGAGUUUAAAGUCGAGUCUAUACUCUAAACAAGGUUUGGUCUAAGUGACAAAAUGAGUCUGUGCUUGCAGACUAGUCAGUGGCGGCCCCAGGAUUUUCUUUAAUGGGGGAGGGGUGGGCAAAGGGAGGCCCCACCCUCAUUUGAAACUUCUUGAUGUUUCAUGUAUGCUAAGGACUAGGGAGCCUAUAGCGGACGAGCGAUACCAUCCCAAAAGCAGGUUCGCCAUAAUAUAGAUCAAAAUAUUGAAUUACUACUAGUAAAUGACUCAUUUUCUACAAUCUAGAAUAGAAGGUUUGGAACGACCCGAUCCAUACCCCUCCCCCUUCUGAAUUUGUUGAAGUUAUAUAUUGACAAAUAAUGAUGAAUUAAAGGAAAUGGCGGAAGAGCAGAGAUUAUUCUCAUUAUGAUAUUUUAUCAUCAUAUGCUCGUAUUGAUUGAAGUAAAAAAAAAAACGAUUUGUUCAUAUACACGCAUAAACUUCUUCUGAAAUACAUGAAAGAAAUAACCGUAAUAAAUCAAGGAGGAAAUAUCAAAUCGGAUAGAAUAAUCCAGCAAUAUUUUAGACUCCAUGCGAUUGCAUAAAUAUUCAAAGGCUCAAUGCUCCUUAUCAAAAUUUACUAUAUACUUUAAUUUUCUCGUCUUGAUUAAUGCUUAACAUAAUUGGCUGCAAGUUGAAGAUAUAUAUUUGUUGUACAUACUAGAAGUUUGAAGAAACUGAGCUUAGUUUUAUAAAUGUAUGAUCAGCUAGAUCAUACAUCAUAUUUGGAUAUGUAGAGGAUCUCAUCUACAUAGAUAACUGUAUGUUAUUUAAAGUGGUAUCCUACCCAAAUAAAAAGUUGUUUUAAGAGGAAUAAGAAAAAUAAGACGAGUAGAUAAUGUCACAUGGGUGAAAGUUUUAACAAUAUCGGACAAAAUUGUAAAAAAUGGUUAUCACUUUACCCAUGGAGACUUCAAAUUGGCAGCAUUGGUGAUGUCAAAGUGAUGUAAGACUACUCUUCCAUUUACUCCAAUGCAUAAGUGGCGAAAAUGCAUUUUUUUUCUUUAAAAGUUUUACUUCAAAUUGUAUUUUUCUUUCAUGAGGGCAUAAAACAAUAUACUACUUUGGUUAUAUUUUUAUUACUGCCCUAUGGCAAUAGGAGAAAACCACAAAUCCCUGAUAAUUAACUACAUGGCCUAUGGGCUACCAUUAGGCAUUAUUUACUUACCCAGUUGCCAAUUUGAAUAGGGAUCUCAAUUUUUAAACAGCGAUUGCUUUCUUAUUGCUUCUCCGAUUUUUUUUUUCAAACUUUCACCAUUUUUAUGAUCAAGAUUAGAUUCCUCCUUAGAGAUAAAGUUCACCUUUAUGUCGAUCAAGUUUAUUGUAAAAAUAAGAAAAACAAGAGAAACAUACUAAUAAAGAUUUGGCGAAAAUCCAUCAAAGUACAACAGAGUUGUGGUGGUUUUAAUGUGUAAUCUUGUGACGUUACAUGCAAAGAGCCCCCAUACAUAUCACGUGAUGUAAAUUUAAUGUCAUUUUACUCAGAAAAUCAAAUACCAUUGAUGGACAUUAAGUGUAUUAUGAAGCAUAACUUCAUUCACUCUAUAAGAACACAUAUUUCUCAAACAUCACAAUGGUGAUAUAUGGAAUUUAUAUUACGUAACAGUGGGGUCGCUUCUUGCGUGUAACUUCACAAAAUAAAAACUUAUCAUUCGUAAACAUUCUUGGGUUAUAUCCUUACCUUAAUGAAUGCUUUAUUUUUCUGUUUUGUUAUAAUUAUUAAAAAAAAACUUUGGUUGAACUUCUCUAUUAAGUGACACAGCUCAGUGCAGCUAAAGUUAUUAGUGUAUUUUUCUAAUGAAAAUGUAUUUAUCUGAUUAAGAUUAUUCAACGAACUUUAGGUCUUUGUAAGAAGCUAUUCAUAAUAUUAGCAUGAUUUGUAUAAAAUGUGAAUGGUAAGUAUGAAUUUCAUAAAAUAAAUAGACAUUUAACUGCUUUUCAGUAAUUCUGAAAAAUAUCAAAUGAACAAUCUUGCCCCUGAUUUAGGUAAUAAUAUGAAUAAGAUUAUAAUAUACUGUGCAUUUU